AUGAGUCUUCUCAAGGAGCGAAAGCCAAAAAAGCCACAUUACAUCCCAAGGCCUCCAGGAAAGCCCUUCAAGUACAAAUGUUUCCAGUGUCCCUUCACUUGCAAUGAGAAGUCACAUCUCUUCAAUCACAUGAAGUACGGCCUCUGCAAAAACUCCAUCACACUAGUGUCAGAGCAAGACCGAGUUCCCAAGUGCCCUAAAGCUAACUCAACAGACCCCAAGCAAACCACCCUGCCAAGCCCCACGGCUCAGCCGGCCGCCUCCAAGUCUGUCACAAACGGACUCUCCGGCUUUGACUCAAAGCUCCAGCGCAGCUUCGCCAAGGAAGACGUCAAGGAAAACCUGGAGCUGCAAGCUCGGGGGCCCCAUAGGUGCCCGGGACAGAAGCCAGUGCUCCGUAAGGACACGGCGCCCCCGAGCCCAGCUCCAGAAGCCUCCCCCGGCACCCAGCCUGCCCUGGAUGGCGUGGUUCGCCCGUCGGCAUUUGUUCCAGUUGGGGAGCACAGACUCAAGGGGCCAGAAAAUGCCGAGGGACCAGAACUGCUGGCAUUAACCAGCCCCACGGCCAAGGCCACGGCCUUCCACGCCAAGUCUGCGUUCCACGCACCCAGCUACCCCUGGAAAGCUGGCUCACCCUUCCUCCCGCCAGAGUUUUCGCCUAAAAUCUCAUCAACAAAGGGGUUUGGGGCCCUUUCCCCUUAUGUGCACCCCACGAUCCCAGAGUACCCACCUCACUUCUACACAGAGCAUGGGCUGGCCACCAUCUACUCACCCUACCUGCUGGCUGGGAGCUCGCCCGAGUGUGACGCGCCCCUGCUGUCGCUCUACGGCACUCAAGACCAAAGACACUUCCUACCUCCCCCGGGGCCAACCCCUAAGCACCUGAACCCACCUCUGUCCACAUACGACCACUACAGAUUUUUUCAGCAGUAUCACUCCAACCUGCCAAUUCCUUAUGGAUUUUACAGGCCAGAGUCUGCGUUCUCCUCCUACAGUCUCAGACUCCCGCCCGCCACGGGCAUCACACAAGAUCAAAGCUCCCACCCACUUGAUGAAACCCCCCCAGUCUACCCAGCCUCGGGUCCCUCCAAGUUAAACUCUUCGAACUCCCACAAAAAACACACUGAGUUUGAAAAAGGAAGUCCAGUCCCUGAGGCCAAAGACCCUGCCAAGGCCGGGCAGAAGGACACAGAGGGGGCCAAGAUGAGCCCCCGCGCGGGCAGCGCGGCCACGGGCUCCCCCGGCAGGCCGAGCCCCACCAACUUCACACAGACAAGCCAGACGUGCGAGGGUCUGUGCGACCUCUCCAACAAGGCGGCCCCCAGCACCCUGGCGAGACCCCCCCAGCCCGAGCAAAGCCUCACAGCCUUCAAGCCUGUCAAGAGAAGCGUGGAAUGCCCACAUGCCGCCCAGGCUCCCCCGAACAGAGCGGAGUCUCCAAAAAGCCUCGGCACUGUGGACGGAGAACCGCUCACUCAGACAGGCAGCACCAGUCUCCUCGCCGAGGCCCCACCUUCCAGCCCAGAGGACAGCUCCAGGACAAGCCCCCUCAACCUCUCCACGAAAUCAGACACAAAGCUGGCAGCCGUGCAGGGACCUGUGUACGCAGGCAGCUCCCCGGUAGAAACCGCAGGCUUCCCAGAGCUGCAGGACCUGCCUCUCAACCUCUCGGUGCGGGACCCCUGCAAUGCCCGGCCUGCGAGGUCUGCCUUCCCCAGUCGACCACGAGGUGCAGAACCGGCUGCAACUGCUGCUCUAAAGACUGAAACAGAAAAUUCCGGAGAUGGAAGCCACACUGAGACGAAGCAAGACAACCAGGACGCUGAUGCAGCCCGGUCAACCAGCCCCAGCAGGAAGGCCCCGGAUGCACGCGCAGUGGACAGCAGCGAGGAGCAGAAGCAGACAGCGGCCGUGGCCCUGUGCCAGCUGGCAGCCUACAGCCCAGGGAACGUCCGGGUGGGCGACGGGGAGCCCCCAGCACAGGAGGCCACUUGCUCGCAAGACUCGCCCACUCUCAGUUCCACGGAAAGUCAAGAGGCUCCAUGUGACCUCAGACCCAAAGGACAAAAGAGGACAAGCCAAAGAGACACAGGAAAAUCCCAGCAAGGAGCUAAGAGAGCGAAGCCGAAUGACACCGCGCGAGUGCUCACUCUGCGAAGAAGAACCCGGGUGUCCUAA